GACCCUCCCACUUCCCGCUGGGAAAGCUUUGAGGAGAUACUUUCUUUUUUAAACACUAAGAAAUUUGAGGAUGGUGGGGCAAAACGACUAAAUCCCAUUUUCCUGUGACUGUUUAGCUGGAAAACUGUCAAAAUCUGUGGAUAAAUUGAUGAGAUAAGAACAAGGAUGGCAUCCAGAAUAAAUACCAAUUUCACUUUGAUUCCCAACCAGAAAUGUAGACGUAGUAAUCGUCGAUCCAGCUAUUUUUCCAACACUCUUGGCUCAGACUCUCAGCCCUUAUCAACACUUGGAAGUUUUAAAGCCUUGCCAUUGGAAAUAUUCCAAAUAAUUUUAAGAUAUUUGUCAGUGAAGGAUAUCAGCAUGCUAAGCAUGGUGUCCAAAACAGUCAGCCAGCAAAUUAUUAAUUAUAUCUCAACCUCAUCAGGAAGCAAAAGACUUUUACUACAGGACUUUCAUAACCUUGAGCUGCCUGGCAGGAGACAAGACUCUGCUAUACUGGAACACUACAAAUCUCUAGGUCUACUGUUUAAAAGAUGCACGUUGCUGCUACCCACCAAGGAAAGGCUAAAGUAUAUUCACAAGAUACUAACAGAAGUUUCCUGUUUUAAAUUCAAUGGCUGUCCAGCUCCUAUGCAAUGUUUAGGAUUACCAUGUUAUGGCAUGUUUUUACAGACCUUAACAGCAGGUUGGGAUGAACUUGAGUGUCAUCGUGUUUUUAACUUUUUAUGUGAGCUGACUAACCUCUCCCGUAAGAUGCAAACUGUUGUCUGCAGCAAACCAGGAAGUGCCCGAAAACUGGAGUUAAGGAUCAGAUUAUUCUGUAGGAGUGUCCUGCUUGAUCACUGGACACAUCCAAGUGAUUCAGCUUUUUGGUUGACGCGACUAUUAAGACCAUGGCCAAUGGUGAAUCAGGCAAGAUUACUGUAUAUCAUCUUUGGUCCAAUCUCUCCUCAGGAUGGACAGGUAGUUUGGCAGAAAAUGGUAGAAGGACCUACAGAUGAAUCCAGUCUGAAAGGUUUGGCUGAUGCCAUUAAAUUACUAUAUGACACAGGCACUAAAGAGUGGACAGCAGAUGAUGUUAUCAGUCUUGUAGAUGAACUAUCAGUGGUUCCCCGUGAGUGGCUUCUGGAGAAUAAUGCACGUCUCCUAAUCCUAAGUGGGAACAACAUCUGUUUCACUUUCAUGGCUAGUAAAGCUGUGAAUGGACGAGCCAUUGAACUGGCAAGGCUCAUAGUCUUCUUGGCUUUGGUGUGUGAGAAAGAACUGUACUGCAUGAAUUGGGCAGUUAAAAUGAUGCAAAAAGUCUGCAAUGUCUUUAGCACGCCAUUGGAAAAAAUUAACUUCCUUCAGAGUGUGGCAAAUGCAUUUGCAUGCAUUAUAAUGGAAAUGCUGCAAUCAGUUAUGUCUGGAGACCAUAAUGAAGACGACAGAAGCUUUUUGAAUUUGUUCCAUCUUGUACAUGCUCAGGCUGACUUCCAUAAGGAGGUCCUGUAUUUGACCAUGAAUAUUCUCUCUACCUAAAAACUCAGAAAGCCUUGCCUUUAGAAAAACCUCAUUGAACUAACAAUGACAAGAAUGCUGCUUUUUCACAUCCAGACAAAUAGCAUCUGUGGGACUUUUUGUCAUCUAAGUAACCUAAGAAUUCAAAAGCUGCAUAGAAUGUUGGAAGCAACUGCUUACACCAUUAUUAAUAUAAAAAUAACAAGCAAACCCAAGAAUGUAUUUCUAUUUCUCUGGUAAGCAAGCUCUGCCUCUCCAGGUUUUGGUCAUCCUAAUGCCAAUGAAUGUUAGUGGGCCAAGAAUCUGGGGCAGCCCAAC